AUGACCACCACAUCCACCCAACACCCCCCAAUAGCAGACUGGCACACCCUAGCCGCCUCAAAACGCGCCUCUGUCUACUCCAAAAUCCCCCCCUCCUGGCGUCUCCCCGCGUCCCAAACAGCCCAAUACACGGAAACUUCGCCCAUCUCCGUGGUAGAUGUGCCGCGCACAUGUGGCAUCUUAACAGAAAAAGAGCUGGACAUUACCGAAAACUAUGAUGCAACUGCGUUGGUUGAAAAGAUGGCAAAAGGGGAGUUGAAGAGCGUGGAGGUCGUGACUGCAUUCUGUAAGAGAGCGGCGGUGGCGCAGCAGUGUGAAGCGAUCGCAAGAGCAAAGGAGUGCGAUUAUGUGUAUGAGAAGGAGGGGAGGGUUCUGGGACCGUUGCAUGGGUUGCCUAUCAGUUUGAAGGACUCCUUCAACGUCCGCGGUGUCCAAGCAACCCUAGGUUACGUAUCAUUCCUCUCACACCCACCCGCCUCCUCAAACAGCAUCCUAGUAACCAUCCUCCACUCCCUCGGCGCAGUCUUCUACGUCAAAACCAACCUCCCCCAAACAAUGAUGACAGCAGAUUCGCACAACAACAUCUUCGGUCGCACGCUAAAUCCUCACAAACUCUCACACACAGCCGGCGGCUCCACCGGCGGCGAGGGCGCACUGCUAGCCAUGAAAGGCAGCGUCCUGGGCGUCGCAACUGACGUCGCAGGCUCCAAUCGCAUCCCGGUGAUUUGCUGCGGCGGCAGCAGUUUGAAGCCGACAGCUGGCCGUGUACCGUUUGCGGGCGGUGUGGCAGUUGGUAGGUUGGGCAAUCCGGGGAGUAUACCCGUGGUUAUAGGGCCGUGUGGGCGGUCUAUCAGAGACUACGCGCUUUUCAUGGAUUCGGUGAUUGGAGCAAAGCCGUGGCUGUUGGAUGAAAAUAGUCUGCCUGUUCCCUGGCGUUCUGUUCAGCCUUCUACAACACCACUGCGUUUUGGUCUUGUACGCGGCUGCAAGGAACGUCCGCUGCAUCCGCCGAUUGCACGCACGCUGCAUACAACGGCUACGCGGCUGAAGGAACGGGGACAUGAGGUUGUGCUGCUGGAUGAGAAGAUACCGGAUUUGUAUCAGACGGCGCUGUUGGCGUGGAAAUUGUUUAUGCUGGAUCCGAAGAAGACGCCAAUGCGGUUUAUCCAGGAGAGUGGCGAGCCGCCGGUGCCGUCGCUGAAAUCGUGCAGUUUCGAGGAGUUGAAGGGAUGGGAGGCGUCGUUGGAUAAACUUUGGGAUCUGAAUGUGGAGAAAGCUGGGGUGGUGAGGAAGUGGUUUUUGCUGAUGCAGGGACAGCAGGAGAUGGGAGAGAGGGGGCUUGAUGCGGUGAUUAUGCCUGGAUACCAAUCUGUGGCUCCACUGCAUGAUACUUAUGGGGUCCCUGUGUAUACCGUUGUGCAGAGUCUGCUUAAUUUCCCUAGUGGCAUUUUGCCGUGUGCGAAGGCGCAGAAGGAUUUGGACGGCGAGUUUUGGAAGGAGGGGGUGAAGUAUGAACCGCCUUAUGAUGCGGAGGAAUGCGAGGGGCUACCGGCCCAUGUGCAGGUUAUGGGGAAGAGUAUGAUGGAGGAAGAAUUGGUGGAAAUUAUGAAGGUUGUUGAGGGUGCUAUUCAGGGGUAG